CCAAAAUAAUUCUAAAACCUUCCAUAACCGCCCCGCCCUUCCACUCUCUCUCUCUCUCUCUCUCUCUCUCGUGGUCCAUUUCCGUCAUUUCGCACAAAAUCCGAUGCCGCCUUCCGACGGCUUCAGCGUCCGGAUCGUCUCCGUCGACUUCUACAUGGCGCCGCCCAUCCCUGGCCUCGAUAUCUCCUACAGUAGCUUCCACGGUGGGAAGGUGAAUGAGGUACCUGUAAUAAGAAUUUACGGCUCUACUCCGGCCGGUCAGAAAGCUUGUCUGCACAUUCACAGAGCAUUACCAUACCUAUUUGUGCCGUGCAAAGAUAUACCGAAUCAACCACAUCAGAAAGGUGAUUCGUACACAUAUGAUAUAUCUCUUGCAUUAGAGAAAGCUUUGAAGCUCAAAAGCAGUGCUGGUUCAAAGCGACAACAUGUACAUGGUUGCAGCCUUGUCCACGCAAGGAAGCUUUACGGUUACCAUUCAUCAGAGGAGGUGUUUGUGAAGAUAUACCUCUAUUAUCCACAUGAUGUGACUCGCGCCGCCAAUCUUCUUCUGGGAGGUGCAGUUCUUGAUAAAUGCUUACAGCCCCACGAAUCACACAUUCCCUUCAUUCUCCAAUUUAUGAUUGACUACAACUUGUAUGGGAUGGGUCAUCUGCAUCUAUCAAAACUGAAGUUUCGUCAUCCAAUGCCAGAUGCUUUUACCCCUAGGAGAUCUUUUUACAAUGGACUGCCCGGUCAGGACAUAGAUAAUUUAACUGGGAUGUCUACAGAUGUCCAGGCAGAUAUUAGUGACCAUCUGCUUUUUGGUUCACCGGUUUGGAUAUCGUCCACAAUUCCAGUAGACUGGACAUGGCUUUCUUCUGGUGAUGUUGAGGCUUCAUCAAAUAGAGAUGUUAACUGCACUAAGCGACAAAGUAUUUGUGAACUCGAGGGGGAUGCUACUGUAGAUGAGAUACUCAAUCAGCAGUUCAAAAUGUAUACAUCCCUCUCGCAAACUCGUUCUGACGUGAAAAUGGUUCAAUCGCUUAUACCAAUUUGGGAGGAGUUUGAGAGAAAUGGGAUACACGAGGCAGCAAUAUCUUCUAAUCCUGCUAAACCACUUCCAGAAGAUGUUUUGAAAACUUUAUCACUUGGUCCAGAAUUUAAUGAGAAACUUGUCAAAUUGCAUUUUGAUACAGAAAACUCUUUGCGUUUAACUCAAUUAAAGAAAGAUGUAAAGUCUAUGCACCAAAUGACCUCUCCAAAAGAUGGAGGAAAUUCUGUUGGACUUCGAACUGAUAAUCUCAAUUAUGGAGAGAUGAUGGGAUCUCUGUUGACACAAGGUUCUACUGAAGAGACGGAUGCAAAACUGAAUAAAGAACUGCCAGCAUCUCAAGCGAUUCAGACAUUAAGUAUGAAGGCUGCAGAUAAUGAAGCACUAGCUCUGCUUAGAUGGCUUGCCACUUCUCAGGCAGCUGAUGAUUUGAACUCCGAUGAUGAACUUGUUCAGGAGACAAUACUGAGUCCUUUGUUGCCUGCAACAACUAUUGACAAAGUUCUGGAGAAAGCUAAUAUGGAUUAUGAGAGUGAAUCCCAAAAGGAAUGUCAGGACAUCCUUGAUUCGGUUGGUGACUUUGAGGGAUCAAAGGAAAAAGAUUCUUAUCCCACUGAUCGGAACUGUUCUUCCAAAGUUGAACCUGCAUGUAUGAUUCUCCAGGUGAAUGGUACCGGGGAUCAUGUUCUCUCAACUCCAUCUCCUUGUGCCGGAUCAAUCGAAAAUUUUUCUGAAGUAGAGAUGAAGAAUGAACUUAGGACUCCUGAACCCCAGGUUACGAAAGAUGGUCUAAGCUCCAAUCAUAAACACAAAAGGAAAAAAUUAUUAUGGGGCUCUUUACCUUUGUCUGCGGCCCAAAAGCUGAAGACUGAGAGUGAACCUGUCAGUUUGUACAAGGAAACUAAGGAUCCUGUUGGUACAAGUGCCUCCUCUGAAAGUGAAGUGAGAAAACAUGCAGGCACUGAUGCUUGUGAUAGUACGUUGGGAAGAUGCUCUCUGCGGGACUUGAUGAGGAGAAAGCGAUCUUAUCGAAUUGAGCCACCUGAAAAAGAAGAUACACUUUAUCAAAUGUUGCAUUUUGACGAACUUAAUGGGAAGUCUCGUGAUUCUUUAGCUGACAGGCUAUCAUUAGCCCGACACUCAGUAAGUCAUGAGGCUGAUGAUGUUAAAAUAACCAAUUCUGGCUGUUCCUUGUAUGGUAAACUUCCACUUUUGUCUGGCAGUGUCAACUCUUUAAAUGCAAGUACGUUAGAUGGAAAAUUUGACACAAAUAUCAAAAUUGCUGCGGAAGUUGGCACUGGAGCAAUUGCUCAACAUGGGAACAUCUUCACAGGCUCUUCUGAAGCUCCACCUGUGAAUACAGGAUUCUGGCAAUUAAAGCCUGACAAGCUCGAGUCUGAAGCUUCCCUUGGCUGUUGUGAAACUUUCAACAAAUCUAAUGCUCAGACUUCCAAGUCAGGUGCUGAGGAAAACUUUUUUGUUGAUGAGAGUCUUCAUAGUUCUGCUGCUGACCCUGAAGCUUCUUGUGGAGAUGGUCACACUGGAAGGGGCAUUGAUGGCUUAUCUUCCAGAAGUGGAGUAUCCGAGAUACCUUUUGAGAUUGGCACAAAUGUCACAACUGACAAAACUGCUUUAAACAAUGAAAGGUGUGGUAGCCAGAAACUGGGGAGAGAUUCCUUUUUAUCUGGGCUUAGUAACUUGUUGCCCUCGAUCAUCCAGUCUGAUGAUAAGGACUUAAUUGGCAUGACCUUCUCUAGGAAACCCCCAAUUGCAGACUGGAAGGAUGGGGGAUUUCUGAGUUCUUCAUAUUUACAAGAGGAAGGAGCUUUGGAUGAUAUUCUCCCAUUUUUUGUGAGAGACUGCCAAAAUGAGACAGACAUCGAGAACAACUGUGUUAGAAAUAGUGAGUCUCAUUCUCAUCAAGAAUCUGCCUUAGGUGUCCCUACUCACUAUCAAGCUGAUGGCUCUUGUUUGUAUCUGUUAACACCUGCAAUUUCACCUCCUUCUGCCAAAAAUGUAUACCGCUGGCUGUCAAGAGGUGACAAAGGAUCUUCUGCGAGUUUGACUGGUUCACAGAAUUCUUUGCCUAAUGAUUUGAACGAGCCUUCACUCAAGUAUGAUUCUGUAUGUGAUGUGCAACCUAAUCUACCCCAAGGACCUCAAGUAGAUCAUAGAAAUCUUGAAGCAGAAAGGAUUCCUUUUUGUAAUGACAUGACAGAAGUAUUGGAAAGAGAAGCCGAUGUUAUAAGAGUUAAAACAUACCCUGACCGCUCACAAGAUAGUUCUCAGAUUUCAGGUCCAGAUGGGAGAUCAAAAUCCACUCCGCUUAGUCAAACUGGAUUUCGAGACCCGGCAAGUGUUGGCAGUGGCCAGCAGCUGACGUUGUUAAGUAUAGAGGUUCAAGCAGAAUCUAGAGGUGAUCUUCGACCCGAUCCUCAGUUUGAUGCUAUCAAUAUUGUAUUGCUUGCUAUUCAGAAUGAUUGUGACUCCAUCGUUGAAGUUCAUGUACUUAUGCACAGCGAUGCUGAAAAUUGUCAGAGGAGUCAUGACGGGAUUUCUGACUGCAAGCUGUUUGUGUUUCAUGAAGAGAAGUACUUAUUUCAUCAUUUUAUCAAGUUUGUAUGCUCGUUGGACCCUGAUAUAUUAAUGGGUUGGGAUAUUCAAGGUGGUUCCCUUGGUUUUUUGGCUGAAAGGGCAUCACAUCUUGGUAUAGGUUUACUCAACAAGAUAUCUAGAACACCAUCUGAAGCCAAGAUGGUGGCUGAGGAUUCAGAAGUUCCGGAGAAAGUCUUACAAGAUAACCUGGCUGCUGACUCAAUUGUUGCUGAUCCAGUUGUAUUAGAAGAUCCAAUAAUUGAGGAUGAAUGGGGACGGACUCAUUCCAGCGGUGUCCAUGUUGGUGGUAGAAUUGUACUGAAUGUCUGGCGGCUGAUGCGCAGUGAAGUGAAGCUUAAUAUGUACACAGUUGAAGCUGUUUCUGAAGUUGUGUUGAGGCGGAAAGUCCCAUAUAUUCCUAAUAAACUACUCACAAAAUGGUUUUUAAGUGGUCCUGGAAGAGCAAGAUACCGAUGUAUCGAAUAUGUGAAGGAGCGAGCAGAAUUAAACCUUGAGAUGAUGAAUCAAUUAGAUAUGAUAAAUCGAACAUCAGAACUUGCACGUGUCUUUGGGAUUGACUUUUUUUCUGUUCUCUCUAGAGGCUCCCAAUACCGUGUUGAAUCUAUGGUUCUGAGACUGGCACAUACACAAAACUAUCUUGCCAUUUCCCCUGGGAAACAACAGGUAGCUUCGCAGCCAGCAAUGGAAUGCAUCCCUCUUGUAAUGGAACCAGAAUCUGGUUUUUAUGCAGAUCCAGUAGUUGUUUUGGAUUUUCAGUCUCUUUAUCCAUCAAUGAUAAUUGCAUACAACCUUUGCUAUUCUACAUGCCUUGGAAAAGUUGCGCCAUCAGAGCCAAAUACACUUGGUGUCAGUUCAUUUUCACCAGAUCCACAUGAUCUGCAUGAUUUAAAAGAGCAAAUACUGCUUACUCCAAAUGGUGUUAUGUGUGUGCCAGCAAAGGUCCGUAAAGGCGUACUGCCACGCUUAUUGGACGAAAUAUUGUCAACCAGAAUAAUGGUUAAACAAGCAAUGAAAAAAUUGUCUCCAUCACAGAAAGUUCUUCACAGGAUAUUUAAUGCAAGACAGCUUGCACUAAAGCUGAUAGCAAACGUGACAUAUGGUUAUACAGCUGCUGGAUUUAGUGGCCGCAUGCCUUGUGCAGAGAUUGCAGACAGUGUUGUUCAGUGUGGCCGUAGCACACUUGAAAAGGCUAUUUCAUAUGUAAAUGCACAUGACAGGUGGAAGGCUAGAGUUAUUUAUGGCGACACAGACAGCAUGUUUGUCCUUCUAAAAGGCCGCACUAGGGAAGAGUCUUUUCAGAUUGGACAGGAGAUUGCAUCUGAAAUCAGUGCUAUGAGUCCGACUCCAGUUGCUUUGAAGAUGGAAAAAGUUUAUCAGCCAUGCUUCCUCCUCACCAAGAAGCGAUAUGUUGGUUACAGUUAUGAAAGCCCUGGACAGAGUGAACCUAUUUUUGAUGCUAAAGGCAUUGAGACAGUUCGCAGGGAUACAUGUGGGGCUGUUGCCAAGACAAUGGAGCAGUCUCUGAGACUUUUUUUUGAACAUCAAAACAUGCCUGAGGUCAAAGCAUACUUACAGCGCCAGUGGAAGCGAAUUCUUUCUGGAAGAGUGUCCCUUCAGGAUUUUGUAUUUGCAAAAGAGGUUCGUCUAGGAACUUACCGUGCUAGUGGUUCAUCACUUCCACCAGCUGCAAUUGUUGCUACGAAAGCUAUGAGAAUUGACCCUAGGGCAGAACCACGUUAUGCAGAGAGAGUACCUUACGUUGUAAUACAUGGGGAGCCUGGGGCCCGUCUGGCUGAUGUGGUUGUGGAUCCUUUGAACCUCCUGGCCACUGAUUCACCCUAUAGACUAAAUGAUAUCUAUUACAUCCAAAAGCAGAUAAUCCCAGCUUUGCAGCGAGUGUUUGGGCUUGUUGGAGCUGACCUGCAGCAGUGGUUUUCAGAUAUGCCCCGCCCAGUAAGGGAAGCUUUUGGAAAACGCCCCUCUUAUGCUUCAAAUCCACACCGAACCAGAAUUGACUAUUACUAUCUUUCAAGGCAUUGCAUAUUGUGUGGUGAGUUGGUCCAGGGAUCAGCCCAUCUAUGCAAUCAAUGUGCUGAAAACAAAACUGCUGCAGCAGCAGCUAUAAUCGGAAGAACUUCAAAGCUGGAGAGAGAGAUGCAACACCUUGCUGCUAUCUGUCGACAUUGUGGAGGUGGGGACGCGCUUGAAGGAAAUGGCAUCAAAUGCACUUCUCUUGCAUGCUUAGUGUUUUAUGAGAGACGCAAAGUUCAGAAAGAACUGCAGGGAACUGCUUCUGUUGCUGCAGAAACAGGUUUGUACCCUCAAUGUUUGAUGCAUGAGCAUAGGCACUUCACCACACUCUCUCUCUCUCUCUCUAAAAUGGCACAAUCUCCGUACUCUCUACUCCUCCUCAGGCGUUUGAUCUCUCGCUAUUCCUUAAACCCCAAACCCUCUCCGCCUCUCUUCUCUCUCCUAAAACCCUUCUCUACCUCCUCCUCGAACCCAAACCCUUCCUCUCUCUCCGCUCGCCUCAGCUUCGUCUUCGACCAAAUCGACGCCAUUGAGAAAGACCGCUCCGACAAGGACCAAACCCUCCAAAAGAUCCGGGCUUGGCGCGAAUCCAAAAACCCCCAAUCCCCAGAAUUAGGGUUCGAAAAUGCCCGCCUCGAUUCGAUUGGUCCCUCCGCCGCCGCCGCCGACGUGGAACCGGAGAAACCCGCGGCGGCGGUGAAGAAGGAGGUGGAGGUGGUGCACCCGUGGCCGGAGUGGAUUGAACUGAUGGAGAGGCUGGUGCAGCAGAACUACUUUGACCAUAGGAGGAAGGACGAGGACAGAAUGGUCCAAGAAAUGGGCUUUGAUGCCUCUGAAAUCCAUGAUGAUUCCCAGGGUUUGGAUUUCAGGGAUUUCAAGGCUGUUCAUACUGCCUGUCUUAAUUUCGGGAAGGACCGGUUUGAUAUUUUCAGGUCCUUGUCGAGACAGGAUAUUCAAAUUUUGGUGGGUUUUGGAUGCCCGAGUACGGACAAGAAGGUGGUUUUCUCUUCGAAGCUGUUAAGGAAGCACACCCACCUCGAUGAAGGAGAUGUAUGUAGUUCCUGCAGUUUAAGGAAUUCCUGUGAAAGAGCAUAUUUGAUUACUAACAAAGAGGAUGAGGCGCGGACUAUUGAUAUAAUGCGUGUUUUAUUGACUUAUGGCUUUGAUCCUAUAAAUGGAUCAGUACAAAACAGGUCACUUCUAAAACAAAAAACCAUUAAAACUGUAGUCCGUAAGUUGCUUCAUCAGGUUGUCAAGCUGAGUUCAGUUCCAAUAGAUCCUAGUCUACCUCCUCCGGUGAUUAAAAAGCCACCCCCAAAAGUGAAGCAGCCUCCUCCCCCUCCAAGAAAACGAGUUGGACGUGAUGACAUUGAGAUGAAAAAAGGGGACUGGCUAUGCUCUAAGUGCGACUUCAUGAAUUUUGCCAAGAACAGCCUGUGCCUGCAGUGUGAUGCCAAGCGUCCAAAGAGACAGCUGCUUCCAGGAGAAUGGGAGUGCCCAGAGUGCAACUUUUUAAAUUACAGGAGAAAUAUGGCAUGUUUUCAUUGUGAUUGCAAGCGCCCACCUGAUGAAUAUAUUGAGAACAACAUGCAAGAAAAGCAACGUGGCCCUAGGACUAGGAUGGAUAAGACUGCGAUUCGGCCUGAGGCCUCUAAUGCCUGGAAUUUUGAUUUUGAUGACAAUGAGUCAGAUGGGGCAGAUGUUGCUGCUUUUGAGUAUGCGGAUCCAGUAAUGAGUGAAGGGUCUCUCGACACCCAGGCUCAAGGGGAAAAUUUUCGACGUCCUGAAUACGAUUUCAGUAAAAAUAGGAGAGUGUCAAGGGUUGACAAUGAAGAAUAUUCUGAUGCUGACACUAUUAAGCCAGGCAGAGGGUUUGAUGAUUUUGAUGAUGAAGAUGAUGAUAUUGACAAUUACGAGUUGGACACUCGUCCUAAAGAUACAGCACAGAACACUUCUUCAAUUGAUUUUUCUGAAUUGGAGGGAUCUGAAUCAGAAAACAGUGAAGGUCCAGACAAUAAUUUGCAUGCUCGCAAAACACUCUCUCCAUCUUACAAUAAGCCAUCUAAGUAUAUGCAUCGACGGGCAGCAUUAUCUGUCUCAGAUGAUGAUGAAAUUGAUUUAAAUUCUGACAAAGACCUUUCAGUUCUUCGCAACCGAAGAUCAAGUCAUGUUGCUGAUUCUAGAUCAAGAGGUAGGGGUAGAAACUCAACUAGUCCAUCAAAGAGAGUAAGCUUUGUAUCUGAUGAUGAAGCUGGGCUCUACUCUGAUGUGGAUGAUGAUCUAGAUCAAAAUAUUAGAUCCAGACAAGGUAAACUGAACAAAUUGAGUUCUGGGAGAAAAGACUUUCAGAGGAGAAGAAAUUUUGAUAGUGAAGAUGAUUCAAUGUCUGGUUCAGAUUCAGAGAAUGACGAUUUUCAUUCUCAUAAAAAUAGGCACAGAGGAAAUAAACCAAACAGUUUCAAAGGUGCACAAUUUAAAUCCAGCGGAAUGAAGAGUGGCAGGAAGAACUCUUUCAGCGAUGAUGACUUUGAUAGACCAACCCGAGGGUCUCGUGAUAACAGAGGAUUUCGAGGGAAUGAUUUUGAUGGCAAGAGAAUGAGUAACAGAGGUGUUGAUAGGCAGAAUUUUAAGGGGCCUAAAAGAGAAGCAUUUGGAAAUGGUGGUAGGAGAAACUCUUUUGGUGACGAUUUUGAUAGAUCUAAACAAGUAUCUCGUGGUAAUAACAGAGGAUUUCGGGAAAACAACUUUGAUGGGCAGAGAAUGAGUAACCGUGGCUUUGAUAAACACGAUUUUAAGGGACCUAAAAGAGAAGGAUUUGGAAAGCAGCAGCGUGAAAGAUUUAAUAAUGAUUGGGACAAGGACAGGGACUUUGGUAACUUUAGCAAUAGUCGACGCGUUAUUGAAAGAUAGAUCCAUGAUAAGAAUUGCUGUGUGGUGAACCGCCAUUGUUUGUUCCUGCAGUGAUGCAGCAAGCUGCCUCUCAUAUUAAUGGAACAGUUACCGAGGACACGAGGAUGUAUGGUCAGUUCACCCUUGCGCACGUCGGAGCAGAUUUCCCUUUACGAAUUUGAAUUCUCACAAUCAGAAAUCAUUUUCAUUGCGAGGCAGGAUCUCUUCAAGGUUGGGAUAUGUAACUGGUAGUUUUGCUUUAGCCGGACUUUGCCUCCUCAGACUAUAGCAUUAUGUCUCAUAUAUAAUAUCAAUCCAAGUUCUUCAGAAAUUUUUGCAAAUGAA